CUUUAACGCACGUCCACACCUUUCGCCACCCGCGGCUGGCAAAAAAUUUUUUUUUUUUGCCGCCCCAAUUUACCGGAACCGUCCCCUGCGCGCAACCCCGCCGCCAAUUACGUCAACCGUAUUUAAAAGUUCGCUCCGCUACGUGUGUAUACACACACACCUGAUGUGCGCUUAUGAAGUGAGUGCGUCAACCCUCCCGCCGCCGCCGCCACCGCCGCCGUACCCCACCCCUGAAAAACUUCUCUCAUUCAGAAAAAGUGUUGACAUGUGUUGCUUAGCAACCGCCGGAACGCGCAAUAAACCGUGCGAUUUUUGACUGACAUGUGAUGGCUUUUUAAUCUAGUUUCGGCAUCAAUUUCUCCCGAGCAAAAUACGCACCGAUGACGAAUAAGAAAAAAACGCGGCUGUUGUAGGUCGAAGCGUUCGUAGGACCGUCGCCAAGUUGCCCAACAAGCAUGCACCUCACCAACACUCAAACCGCGACGGGUGCCGCAUCGUCCCCGGAAGGUACCAACAUUAUCAAUGAUACCUACACGAAGAUGACGUCCGACAUUCUCGCGGAGAGGACUCUGAACGACUUCCUAUCCGAACAUCCCGGCGAACUGAUAAGGACCGGGAGUCCUUUGUUUGUUUGUACAGUGUUACCCCCUCAUUGGAGGUCGAAUAAGACGUUGCCGGUCGCCUUCAAAGUGGUCGCUUUGGGUGACGUGGGGGACGGUACUGUGGUGACAGUGAGGGCCGGGAACGACGAGAACUAUUGUGCAGAGUUGCGGAACUCGACGGCCGUCAUGAAAAAUCAAGUAGCCAAAUUUAACGACCUUAGAUUUGUCGGACGAAGCGGAAGAGGAAAAAGUUUCACUUUAACGAUAAUGGUAUCCACCAGCCCGCCACAAGUAGCGACGUAUAACAAAGCCAUCAAAGUGACCGUGGACGGACCCAGGGAACCGAGGUCCAAGACAAGACAGCAACAACAGUUCCAUUUCGCCUUCGGACAGCGACCCUUCCCGUUUGCAACGUCCGAUCCUCUGUCGGGAUUCCGGAUGCCUCCCAUUGGGAAUUGCAAUAAUAUGACUCAAUUCGGUUUGGGCACCACAAACUCCCACUGGGGUUACAGCGCGGCCGGCGCAUAUUCACCAUACUUCACCCCGAGCACACUAGGAUCGUGUGGUGCCCCGACGGCUCAAUUCAAUACCCCCGCGCUGGGGUUUUCCGGCGCAACCCCCGAUCAGUCGUCGACUCAAGAGGCUUUCACGUCCGGAUCGGUGAGCUCGUUGUUGCCCGAUUCAUCGCCAUCCGACCUGGACCAGCACCUGGGGUUAGUUUCGUCGCAGAACCACGCCAAUCACGCUCAAUCGUCCCACGCGACGUCCCUGUUGGUGCCGCGAUACUCAGCAAAUCACAGCGACUUCACAUUGUCCGGCCCGAGGUCGCUCUCGGAUAAUUCCAGUGCCGCCGAGAGUCCCGUCCAAGACGAAAUCCUCACGUCCCAGACGUCGUUGGGGGUGAAUCACGCGAACAAUCCCAACUUCAACCUUCACCAGAACAUGACGCAGACCACGUACGCGUCGAGUAACUGCAACAACUCGAUUUAUCCGGUACUGCCCGGAUUACUGUACUCGCAACUAUACUCGGCAGCCAAUCAGUCUCACAACUUCCACUCGCUUCACACUCACACGCCGCAGGGUCACCACAACGACUUGCAGAGCGUGAUGGAUCACCUAUCGAACAGCUCGCAUCAGAGACAGAUGAGCGGUGGCGGUAGUGAUUUGUUGCUCAACAACGGGACAUGCGCGGCAGCCGCAGCUAGGCAAGACGACGCGCAUAAUCGGGUGCUGAAUUCUAGCGCAGCUCAGAGAGGUCCCGGGCAAAAUGGAGAUGCGGUCGUGUGGAGGCCGUAUUGAAGAUAUGUGAUGAGAAUUUUAUUAUUGUUAUGGUGAUUGAUGAUUCGUGCAAUAUUACCGAAGGUUGUUUUCGAUUGGUCUCCUAGUGAUUUGUUACAUUGGGAAGCUAGUUAAAUGUUAUCGGGUCGAGAACCCGCCAAAUAGCACUGUGCCCCCAAACACAAGCAUUAACACAGUUACCAAUAAUAGUUACAUUUGGCCAGAUGUUGAAUGAUUUGGUGUUAGGAUUUUUACGCGACAAAAAUUUCCAAAAACAAAAUGGCGUAUUAUUUAUCAGUAGAUAAAGAGAGUUCAGAAGAACAUAACCUUAAACGUUACAAUCGCCACCCUCGUCACCGCAGGGCCCCAAUCUUUCUAGGGGGUGCUCCGCCCUGGAAGUGGGUGCUGAUGCUUGUAGGGUGUGCUGACAUUACCUUUUAUAGAUUUUUAUGUUGAUCUACCUGCUUUUUUAAUUCCGAGUGCCUAUGGAAAGUCCUUUAUAUAAAUAUAAUGCGGUGUUUAUUUUUAGUGGGUACUUAUACGGGAAAACCGACACUUUCUGACAAGAAAAAACAUAGAAACCACUAGAAAUAUAGACUAUGCCGAUAAUGUAGGAACUUAUGAAGCAACUUCGAAAAAAUGUUUGAGAGGGUUCAUUCAACAAACGCAUGCCCGAGAUUCAAAAUCUCGCUUAUAACCAAUGACCUUGUUGAACUCAACAAUCGACAUGGCCGCUGAAAGUUGGUUAAUAAAUUGAAAUGCCGCCAGCGUUGCAUCAGUUUUAGAGCGACUAUAUUAUCUAACAGCUGUAUGGUUGUGAUUUUUUUUAAAAUAAUGACUUCAUCGAAUUGUAUAUUUAAAUUUAAAAUAGUCGGGGUUUCCACGUCAAUACUUAUUUCAGUUCUGCCAUACCAAUAUUGAUUUAACUUAAGGGGGUACAACUCAUAUGCUAAUGCUAAUGAAGCAGUUUAAGCAGAUUUGAACUAUAAUAACAUUUUUUUUACCUCUUAUUACUUCUUUACUACUUAAUCUUAAGACGAAAAUUUGGUAUUAAAUUAUUUUCAAUUUUUUCAAUACAUACCAAUUGGUGCGUUCUCUUUUUAUUAUUAGUGAGAAACGAUAUUUCAGUUAUACAUAGUAGUCAUCAUAAAGAGUUUUAGUACUUGAAUAAUUAAUGAAUUAAUCUAAUUAAUAGCAGUGAAUAUUUUUAUCUUAUUUAACAGAAAAAUCAAUUUUGAACCAAUUACGUUUCUUGCUUUUUUCUCAUAUCUCUUAAACCAUCAUUUUAGUUGCUCAUGCGGCUUUAAAUAAUUAAGGGAGGUACAACAAUAACAAUUCUUAUUAUUUUGAUAAAGUACUGAGGAUCUUUGAACUAAUUUUAAUUAUGUGUUCCAAAAAUUACUGGAAUAUCGUUUUCCAAUAACUAAUAACAAAAAUAAAGCGUAUCAAAUUUUAUUUUUUCAACACUCUGUAUUUCAAAAACGAAGCAAUAUUCAAAAAAAAAUUUAUAGCCCAUUCAAUUUUAAAAUUAGUUGAGCGGAGUGGAGUUUGAGCGAUGAGGAAACACCGUGUAUAGUCUGAUACUAAAUAGAUUCACACAGUUGUUUUCAACAUUUUUUUUCUAGUCCGUAGGUUGGUACCUGAUAACGUUUAACUGAGCUUGUCGGCAAUUUCAUUGGCUGAACAGUUUUGUUUGCAUACUUUUGUUCGUUUGUUUUUUCGUAAACAUGUCCAGUCAGUAUUAUAAAAUAUUUAAUUUAGAUCGUCUCCAUAAUGUAAUAUAAAUGAUAUAAUCUUUAUUUUAUAACGCCGAAUUAAACGUUGGUUUGUUUAGUUAUGUAAAAUAGCAGCCUGGACUAUUAUAUCCGUUGGACCUGUUUUCCGUAGCUAUACCGAAACGUCUCACGAAAUUGUUAGAAAAUUUUGGACUCGUAUCCAUUAAUUUACAAAUACCUAUUGUUUGUUAUUCAACUGUUUUCCGUUUAAGGUUGUAAAAAUAAUAACA